CUCCCACCGCUGCAGUAUAAAGUCUGCUGUCCGUCCUCAGCCUCCACCCUCUGGACAACUUCUGCCUGGACUCACACCGAGUGAAAAGGUGAAAAGAAGACAAAGUGGACAAUGACGGACCUGGAGACCUCGAUGGGCGCCAUCAUCGCCGUGUUUCAGAAGUAUUCGGAAAGAGAAGGAGACAAACACAAGCUGAAGAAGAGCGAGCUCAAGGACCUGCUUCAGGACGAGCUGCCCGAACUGAUGGAGCACGUGAAAGACCAGGAGGCGCUCGAUAAACUAAUGGAGGGCCUGGACACGGACGGCGACUCCGAGUGCGACUUCCAGGAGUUCAUGACAUUCAUCGCCAUGGUUACCGUCUUUUGCCACGAGUUCUUCCAGCAAGAGGACGAGUGAAGGAGGA